AUGAACCUUUCUUCAAUAAUCGUCACUAGAUUAGCAAACCAAAAUAGUUGUAGAUUCUUACAUAACAAUCUCAUUCACCGUGAUUUUAUUCAGGCAAAGAAUGUUCCCAAGCAAAUUAAUCAACUGCGAAAUCAAUGUGCGAAUCCUAUGCGAAUACACUUCUACUGUUCCAUCCUCAUCGCUUGUACUGCCAUUUAUGUUCUGUAUGGCUACUAUACUGCUGAACGGGAAAUCACCGUUCUCGAUAUAGAAUCGUUUUCCCAAAACCGCCAUCCAUUAACUCGCAAAUCUUUUAUACCGUGGCCAUUUUGGGAUAAUCAUUCAUUCCUACACGACAAUGGAUGGGACCAAGAAUUGGCUCGUUUAAGCGUGGAAUAUGAUUCAAGAUUUGUGCCCGCUCUUUGGCUUGCUUUCCUUAUUUCAGAUUUUGGAGCUAAUGUCUCGCUUCCAUUCAGUUGGGCAACGUAUCUCGGGUUACCAAGUAAAUUGGACAACUGGCAUGAUUUAGUGACUUUAAACUAUAGAAAUCUGGAACCCAUUCACGCCCCUGAUGGAUUUCCCGACCUAAAUAUCUCUGGCCCCUUGGACAGGCCGUUUUCUGAAGCAAGUCGCAGAAGUAUUGGCGCAAGCUAUUUGAUGUACACUGCGCCAUAUCCAAGGACAGUGACAUUAUUGGGCGUGGGGCCAUUACAAGGAGAAGAAAGGCUUCCACUCAUAUUGCCAAUUUUGAAUUUGGAAAGAGGUAGCCAAAGAAGGGAUCUUCAACUCUUAGUUCAAAUGUAUUGGGCUCAGUAUGCCGAAAGUACAAUAGAUCUCCAGCUGAUGGCCGACAUACUUCGGCAGAAAUGGGAACCCAUGGAAGAUAGCACGAAAAGAUACCACCCAUACGUGUUUUCUGCAAAUGUUUCGGCACCGACAGACACACCUGCGUUUGAAGUCACAGGUCCUAUUCUGGAUAAUGGAUUCAAGUAUUUCCACGAAGCUCUUCUUGAAACGGGUCCGCAUGGGUUCCAUUUUGACUGGAGAUUCUUUCAGCGUGAAAGAUACAGCCAAUAUGAGCAUCAAGAAAUCAUGCACCGUCUUUCAAAAGCGUGGCUCAGGUAUUCUCGCCAAAUGGGAAUUGUAUCAUGGUUGGCUCACGGAUCACUUUUAGGAUGGUCAUGGAACGGGCUCAAUAUGCCAUGGGAUGAUGACUUGGAUGUCCAAGUAUCUUUCCAAAGCCUUGUAUCAUUGGCACGUUACAAUCAAACUUUAGUGGUGGACUUGACCGAUGAUACUACAUUUUCUGGUGGACAUCUGUACUUUCUUGAUGUCAAUCCACAUUUCACCAACAGAAGUCACGGCGAUGGAGAGAAUGCCAUAGACGCAAGGUUUAUCGAUGUUGACUCUGGCAUGUAUGUUGAUAUCACAGCUUUGUCCAUUGGACAGGAUUUCAACGCUGCAGAAAAAACCGACGCCUUUCACCAAAUUGUGGAUUCAGAGUAUCUUCAUACCAUGGCAUCCGUAGGCGAAAUUCAAGCUAAUGAGUUUAAGAAGUAUCAAGAAGACUUACGGGAAAAGGAGACAGCACUUUGGUAUAAUAAGCUGUUGAUGAGUUGCAAGACAACCAUUAUUACAACAUAG